UAGGUUGUUGGUUUAUGGUAAAAAUCUCAUAGAUGUGAAACAGCAAACCAUUUUUGUUCUGUUGUGUGCAGCAGUUCUCAGUCCGUUUUAUGUGUUUCAAGUAUGGAGCUUUAUCCUUUGGGUUGUCGACAAUUAUUACUACUAUGGUUCCACAAUUGUUCUCCUAUCAUUUUUUGGCAUUGGCAUGUCAGUUAAACAAACAAGAGAGAAUCAGAAAAACUUGCAAUCAACUAUACACAGCAGUGAUGUGUGUACGAUCUUGAGGCAUCCUGUUGGAACUUCUCUUGAUGGAGUUGACGGCUCUUGUAAAACAGAAACGAUAUCUACAGAGCUUUUAGUUCCUGGUGACAUAAUGGAAAUUCCUUCUUACGGUUGUACGAUGCAUUGUGAUGCUGUGUUACUGACAGGCACUUGCAUUGUAAACGAGUCAAUGUUGACAGGCGAGUCUGUACCAGUAACUAAAACUUCUUUACCACGUGUUCAAAUCUCUUAUGAUCCAAAAGAACAUGGGAGACACACUUUAUUUUGCGGAACGCGGGUAAUACAGACAAGAUAUUUCGGAAAUGAAAAAGUUUUAGCCAUUGUGGUUCGAACAGGAUUUUCAACAGCAAAAGGUAGCCUUGUCAGAAGCAUUUUGUAUCCACCACCUGUUGAUUUCCGCUUUGAAAAGGACUCAUACAGAUUUGUUGGAUUUUUAUCUUUAGUAGCAAUUUGCGGAGUCGUCUACACCGUUGUAACAAAGCCACCAUCUCCUUCGAGUGUGGAUGGGCUGGAAAUAUUUCACGUGCAAAAAUAG